GAUUGUCUGUUUGUUGGCAUAUGCAAGUGUAUGUAGUGGGGGGCAUUAGAUAGCAGGUAAAGAAACAUGACUUAGUUGUAUGUAUGUGUUUUGUCAGCUGUAGUGUAUUCCGCGUUGGUUACAGUUUGGCCUCGAUAGAAAAUACUAGUAAAUCAUUUCAAACCCCUUCUACCUGCAUAAGAUUUUAAUUCAUGUUAUGAGGUACCCGACAGUCUACAUCCAAACAUAUAUCAUUCGAUAGUAUGAUAACGUUAUCUUUGCUUAUAAUUAGGACCCCCAGCAAGAAAGUAUCUUACCCUGUGCAUAUCUUUUUUAUGUGAAUAUACUUUUGCCACCCGUUGUCUCCACCAAAAAGACAGAUCAAGAAAAGGAUAGAGAAUCAAAUAUGCAAAUUAUUUCAGUUUAUCGCUUUUCAAAACCCACAUCCACACCAACAGAUAGACCAUGGAAACUGUAUGAUCAGGGCCGUGCAUUGUUCUCCACCACAGCUACUGGCAGUGCAGAUGGAGGGAAUGAAGAUGAUCAAAAGAUCUCUGUGACAUUUGUUGACAAAGAUGGAGAGGAGACCCAGAUCAAAGUUCCCGUCGGAAUGUCUAUGCUAGAAGCAGCCCAUCAAAACGACAUAGAGCUUGAAGGAGCAUGUGAAGGGUCACUUGCUUGUUCCACCUGCCACGUGAUCGUGAUGGAUAUCGAGCAGUAUAAUAAGCUCGAAGACCCAACAGAUGAGGAAAAUGACAUGCUAGACCUUGCUUUUGGGCUCACAGAAACGUCACGUUUGGGUUGUCAAGUAAUUGCAAAACCUGACCUUGAUGGACUUCGCCUUGCUCUCCCUGCUGCUACUAGAAACUUUGCUGUUGAUGGUUACAAACCAAAGCCACAUUAGAAACACAUUUAAAAGAGAGGGUUUCGAGUGUAAAGGUGAAGAGCCAAGAUUACAAUAUUUACUUUUGUUACCAUUUCCAAUUUUGCGGUCAUAGUCCCUGUAGGAGUAAGUGCGGUAGCUAAUAUUAUAUUCGUUGUAGUUUAUAUCAUUUGCUUAUAUAGCCUAUAUCAUAAUGGACCAAGCUACGGGACUCAUAAAUUAUGAGAUUGCUGACUUUGAAA